UUGAGUACGUCAGUAUGGGGAUUAAGAUAAUAAUAUUGCCUCUAUUGGCUUUAAUAUUUGUGGAUCUUUCCUUAUCCAAUCAAAUAGAGAUUCAUAAGGAUAGUUUAUUAUCGCGUCGCGUUCGUGCUUUAAUAUUCCCGAACAAGGCAGCAGUUUUGCUUACAGCCGCGCUAACAAAAAUUGUUGUGGGUGGACGGCCAAGCGGACUGCAAUACAGUCUCGAGUUUGAUAUGUAUGUUCCUUUGCCCGAUACGAUCGAAGGUUGGCGUCCCAACAUUCUAAUAGGUCCUACUACUAAAAAACCAGCAGCAAUGAAACCAAAUCGACGUUGGGAAGGCCAAUGGCAUCGCUAUGGCGAUAAUAAUGUUUAUCCAUUUAGCAGGCAAAGUAUUCACUAUGAAGGUCCCUACCGGGCCGGAAACUACGUCAAAUAUGUUAAGCCCAGUGUGCAUAAAGAUUUAUUUUAUAAGAGCCCUUGGAAAUUGACGGAGGAGCCUUGGCAGCGUCAUCGUUCAUCUAAUGUUCAAAAUGAGGUAUAUGAUUCUUGGUCUGAUGUGCCCAGGUGGAAGCUUAAUCGUGGCUACAGGGAAAGACGCGAAAUCUUUGACCAACUGGAAGCAAUGGGAAAUUUCUUUCAACUGGAUUUUAGAUCCUGCAUAAAGCGGGCCAUGUGCGAGCUUCAAGCCAGGUUUAAUAUGCAACACAAAACUAGCUUCCUUAUGGAUGAUCUAUUACGCAUAGUGCUCACCGUUCCCGAUGAUGUAGCCGAUGACAAGUAUCAACAUCGCAUGAAUGGUAGGGAUUGUGUUCGUUCCUAUGCAGUUAGCUGUCCAUAUUCGGUGCUUGACUUUCUCACACGAACAUCUAAAACGAAGUAA